UAUAUAUAUAAGUCAUGGAAAUUCACUGACAACUCAUUGUCUGGUCAAAACUUUAGAUCUGAGUGGUGCUUAAACAUUCUUCUCUAAAAAGACUGAAGCUGUUUGCCUACCUGCAGUGAUGAAGGGUAACAUGCUGUUCUUUGCUCCACUGUGUUGGCUCUUUUACUGGAUGCUGCCUGUUGAGUCCAAGAAGAUCACUUUUAUCAUCGAUCUACCAGAGGCAAAGUCGGGCAUUCCAAUGAGCAUGGUUCAAGAUGCUGUUGAUGAUAUGUACUUGGGCUGCCACAACAAAAUGAUGAAAAGGAUCAACAGCAUAUACUUUAAAAAAGAGAACAAGAUGAGCCCAUUUAACGAUGUCUGGAAAAAAGCACAAGGUUGUGCCAACGAGAAACUACAACGUAAAGAUAAAGGCGAUGAGGCUCUAACUAAAGAUCACAUGCAAGCGAUCUGUGUUUAUACAUCUUAUUAUAAAAAGUUUUACGGAAUUUUCAAUGAUGCUGUCCGCACCAACAGAACAAUAUAUGGCAUCUCGUUCCCAUAUCACUCUUUACAUUUCUGGCUGACAUCUGCUGUACAGAUCCUCAGUAACAAUAUAAACUGUCACACUACUUACCGCAGAACCAAUUCAGAGUUUAGUGGUGAUGUCAACCAAAUAAUUCGGUUUGGUUUCUUUGCCUCCAGCUCUCACAAGACAACAUUGACCCACUUUGGUAAGAAAACCUGCUUUAAAAUUAAGACCUGUUCAGGUGCUUUCCUGAAACAUUAUUCAUCUCUUGGAGACCAUGAGCAAGAGAUACUUAUCCCCCCCUAUGAGAAGUUCAAGAUAACUGGUAAAAAGAGAGGAUCAUUUGUCGAAGGUCUGAGUGAUUGUGAGAAUGUCUAUAUCUUGGUGAGCGCAGGAGUUGACAGCAAUCUAAACUGCAAAGCUGCCUACUUAUGAAAGACCUGUUGUUCUAUGUACUUCAACUGGUGGAGCAGAGUGAAAACUAAGAUGAAAAUGUAUUGUUGUUCAGCAUAUGUGCAAAUAAUCCAUCUAAAAUCCAAGCUCAUUAUAAUAUUGUAAUAAUAAUAAUAAUAAAAAUAUGAAAUAAAAUGUCGGUUCUCUUUCUGUGUGCCGAUCUGACAGCAACAUUCUGCUUUAUGAUGAUGAAUCAUGCACAAGUUGAAGGAGCUGGUGGGAUUACAUUUCACUGGAAUUGUACCUUGUACGAUUUCACGUAACAAACAAAAAACUGAUUGACGGAAUAUAUCCCUAUAUUCUCCUCAACGUCUAAAUUACAGCUUGGGGUUCUCUAAUUACUUUAUGUUUACAUACUUCCCUUAACAAAUUAUACUGUACAGCAAGCAACACAAGCAAGUUUAAACAAGUUUUAAAAGCAUUUGUAACAUAUAUUGUCGACAAACAUUGUCUGAAUGAAAUCAAUAAAUUGUAAAACACCAACCUUUUGUUUUCCUUGGUGAAUAGCAGUACAUUAACUACCAACAAGUCGAUAGAGGUAAAUACAAUUUACUGUUUAAUAGGCCUUUUCUGCACAAUUCUGGAUAUGUGUUUAUUGUGUUUAAUCAGAAUUAGGGGUAACCUUUGAAAAUGUCGGUACACAUAUUUCUAAUUACCAAGGGAUGAGUAAGGAAUGCUUUUGAUUUGCAGCCAUAUGUAGCAUGCCCAGUACUUUUUGUGCGAUCACAGGUUGAGGUUGUUG